CAUCGGACAACAUGAACCGGCCACUUAGAAAGUCUCAGUCUCUGCGCUGCUGUUCGUUCCUCGAGGUGAAAAGUAAAUAUGGUGCAGAAUUCAGGAGGUUUUCCCUGGAUCGUUGUGAGCCUGGCAGGUAUAAAGACUUCCACAGGCUCAUUGUGCAUUUACAUCACUUAUGGCAAAUGGAUGUCGUUAUUGGCUAUGCGGAUAUCCAGGGAGAGCUACUGCCCAUCAAUAACGAUGACAACUUUUGCAAAGCUGUGACCUCCACACAGUCUUUACUGCGUAUCUUCAUUCAGCUUCAAGAGGAAGCUGACCAAGAUCUCGCGGGUGCUGAUGAUACAACAAAGCGAAAGAAACCUGUCAGCCAGAGAAAAACACCAUUUCAGAUCAGCAUGCCACAGAACUUCCGCCCUGUUUCUUCCAUCAUUGACGUGGACAUCAUACCAGAAUGCCACAGAAGAGUGCGUCUGUAUCGCCAAGGCUCGGACAGACCUCUGGGGUUUUACAUCCGUGAUGGUACCACUGUCAGGGUUACUCCCUACGGUCUGGAAAAGGUUCCGGGCAUCUUUAUCUCACGCAUAGUACCUGGUGGACUGGCGGCUUGCACGGGACUGCUGGCCAUUAAUGACCAGGUCCUGGAAGUGAAUGGUAUUGAUGUUAUGGGGAAGUCCUUGGAUCAGGUAACUGACAUGAUGAUCGCCAACAGCCAUAAUCUCAUCAUCACAGUGAAACCUGCAAACCAGCAUAACAACAUAAGGCGAAAAAGCUGCAUUUCGUCAAGCUCAGGACACUAUUUUGAUAGUAUGCACUCUGUAAGCUAUCCAGGGUUGCCUAUGAUAAUGAAAGCUUAUGGUUUAGGUAAUAGCUCUGAGAGCGAAGAAGAUGCAGAUGUGGUUAUAGAGAGCCCCAUCAAACACCUAUCCCAACAUUUGGGUUUUCCA